AUGGCAAGCGUACCAGAUUACUCGCGGCCGACGACGCCUGAAAAUGGCACCAACGGCGUCAUGACACCCCGCACACCCAAGAACUCGGGGUUUGCGCUCACAGAAUACACCGCCAAUCCGAGCCCGCCGCCCGAGUCACCACGGCCAAGAACCAACGAUGUCGUGCCCGACGCGUUCCUGCUACCCAAUGGCUAUCCCGACUACCUCCGCCUCAUCCUCACAUCGCGCGUCUACGAAGUCGUGAAGGAGACACCCCUCACCCACGCAAUAAAUCUGAGUAAUCGGCUGGAGUGCAAUGUCCUGCUCAAGCGAGAAGACCUGCAGCCCGUCUUCAGCUUCAAGCUGCGCGGCGCAUACAACAAAAUGGCACAUCUCGAUCCCAAGGACCGGUGGAAGGGCGUGAUCGCGUGCAGUGCUGGAAACCACGCCCAAGGAGUCGCAUACUCGGCGCGCCAUCUCAAGAUCCCCGCAACCAUCGUCAUGCCCUCGGGCACUCCCGAUAUAAAGCACAAGAACGUCUCGCGCCUCGGCGGAUCGGUCAUACUGCACGGUGCGGAUUUUGAUGCAGCCAAGGCGGAAGCUGCGCGACUAGAGAAGCUACAUGGACUGGUCUCCAUACCUCCGUUCGACGAUCCGUAUGUCAUUGCUGGGCAAGGAACGGUCGGCAUGGAGCUGUUGCGGCAGACUGACCUGUCGAAGCUCACGGCCGUCUUUUGCUGCGUGGGAGGCGGAGGCCUGAUCGCCGGAGUGGGCGUCUACAUCAAGCGCAUAGCGCCACACGUCAAGAUCAUAGGCGUGGAGCAAUACGACGCCAACGCCAUGGUGGAGUCUCUCAAGGCAGGAAAGCGGGUGCUGCUCAAGGAUGUCGGGCUGUUCGCCGACGGUGCGGCAGUGAAGACAGUCGGAGAAGAGACGUUCAGAAUAUGUCAAGAGGUGGUUGACGAAGUAGUUCAAGUAACAACCGACGAGACAUGUGCCGCCAUCAAAGACAUGUUCGAAGACACACGCUCCAUCGUCGAACCCGCUGGCGCCCUCGCACUCGCCGGUCUUAAGAAAUGGGUGUCUCGCAAUCCAUCCCCCGACCGUGACCGCGGCCUCAUCGCGACCGCCAGCGGUGCGAACAUGAAUUUCGACCGCCUGAGAUUCGUCGCGGAGCGCGCUGCACUCGGAGAGAACAAAGAAGCCCUCCUCUCCGUCACCAUCCCCGAGAUGCCCGGCGCCUUUGCCAAACUCGUCGCAGUCAUCCACCCCAUGGCCGUCACGGAAUUCAGCUACCGCUACUCCGGCCCCAGCGAAGCCAACAUCCUCGUCGGUGUCGAGCUCAAAGCCGCGACACGCCCGAAGGGCAUGAUCGCCACCGAUCUCUCGCAAGACGAGCUCGCCAAGUCGCAUAUCCGCUACUUGGUCGGCGGCCGCAGCAACGCCGCCGACGAGCACUUGUACAUGUUUGAGUUCCCGGAGCGGGGCGGCGCAUUGUACAAGUUCCUCAACACGCUGCAGCCGGGCAUGAACAUCAGUCUUUUCCACUACAGGAAUUACGGAGGCGAUGUCGCGAAGAUUUUGUCGGGCAUUCAGUGCAAGAAGGAGGACAGUGAGAAGUUGGAGGGCUUCUUAAGGGAUAUUGGGUAUCCUUACAAGGAGGUUACAGGGAGUGAGAGUUAUAAGACGUUCUUGAGACAUUAG